AAAUCUAAUGACUGUUGCCAUCAUUGACUGUUUGUUUAUGUUUCAAUCAUUUAACAGUUUUUAAACUCACACCAUACUGAACCGCAGCUGAAAUUCGACGAUGGAUUUAUCGAACCGUUGCCGCGGUUGCCUUUCGAACGACGAGGACACUUUGCGUCCCUUAUUGGAGGACAAUUCAACUAUCCGAAUGUUUGAAAACUGCGUUGGACUAAAGGUGCCCACGUAUCCCGGCCUUCCCAGAAAUAUCUGCGGGACCUGUUAUGGGAAGUGUAGCUCCUGGAACAAAUUCAAGCAACAAUGUUUGGAAACGGAUGCUCUGCUUCAGUUCAAAUUCGGACUGCUGCAGAAGACAAAGCAGGAUGAAGCGGAACCUGAAACUAACGAACAGAAAUCGACUGGUAGUAACGAUGGGGAACCGUUACCGGAACCGCUGGUAGAGGAAGUAAAGGAACAAGAAGAAUACGAAAUCGUUGAGCCAGGGGAAAUGGAAGAUUCCGUUACAGGAGAACUACAGGAGAAUGGAGAAGAAAAUUUGAAUCAGGAAAUCGAGAUAGAAGUAACAGAUCAGUAUGAAGUAAAGGAAACUGCUUUAGAAGGAGAACCUGAGGAGUAUGAAGUUAAGGAAGCUAUUCUUGAAGAGUUUUACUUAUCGGGAGACGACCAAAUAUUGGAAGAUUUGGGAGAAGACGUCCAGGUGGAAAUAGUUGCAGAGGAAAUCGUCAGCGAGGAGAAUGGCGAACAGCAGACGACUAGGAAAAGGACAGAUUACAAUUGCGAUAAAUGUAGUAUGCGAUUCCGAAGUAAAGAGCGCUUUGAAGCACACCAGCGAGAGCACCAAGGUUUGAAACCGGAAGUCUGUAAGGUGUGCAACAAUGAAUUCAACAGUACUAGGGCACUUUGGCGCCAUAUGCAAAAGCACGCUGACAUCAAGAAGCACGCAUGUAAAGAUUGCGGAAGACGUUACAAAUAUGCCACAUCCCUAACACUACACCGCAAGUCCCAUCGUAACGAAAGGUUGCACGUCUGUGAGACAUGUGGUAAGUCAUUCUUCCGAGCUCAUGGUCUGAAGAGCCAUCUCUUGACCCACACGAAGGAAACCCCUUUUGAAUGCGAUAAAUGUCAGAAGCAGUUCAAAAAUACCACCAUGCUUAGAAAUCACGUGAUUAGAGUUCAUGAAGGAACUAAAAACUUCAUCUGCUCAGAAUGCUCGAAAGCUUUUGCCACCGGAGCAGAGUUGAAAAUUCACCAGCGAAGUCACACGAAUCAAAAGCCUUUCAAGUGCUCUGCGUGCGACAAAUGUUACAAAACCCAGAGUCAUCUCGCCGUGCACUUCCGGGCAGCCCACACGAGCAAUCGGCCGUACGCUUGCGAUCUUUGUCCGCGAACGUUUGCCCACAGUAAGGUUCUGAAGCAGCAUCGGUUUACCCACGCAACAGAAGGACCUUACAAGUGUAACGUUUGUGAACAGACGUUCCGCCAGAAGAAAACGCUAAUAGGCCAUAUGAGCAAACACGAAAGGAUGAGCCCGGAUCAGGAAUUCGUUGAUGAAUCGGUCAUAAAUCUUCCACAAACGAUAAAUACAUUGGAAUAAAAAUUGUGGAAAUCAAA